AAUUAAUCAGAUGGCGCUGCUGUAAUUGGUCAAGUUUCUCAACGCGUCCUGCUAAAUUUAAUUUUUUCCAAACUAAAAAGAAGUAGAAAAAGGUGAAAAGUUCUUAAGUUUUGUGCUAAACGUAUCUACUAAAGUGUUACAAUGAAAAAAACUGCAAAAAGUUCUACAAAAGGUGCUAAAACAUCGAAUAGUGAAUUGGACUCCCGCGUAAAUGCAAUUGACAGUAAAUUAACUGAUGGUAUCAGCGCAUUAAAAAGUGAAUUAACACAACUAAAACAAAAAGGAUCAAAAAGUGCCGUAAAUAAUUAUGAUUAUCUGCAAAAAAGAAUCGAAGACUUCGAGGCUGAGAUGAAAAGUUGCUUCAACGAAUUAAAACUUGCUAUAGAAAAAAACAGCACUGAAAAUGAAUUAUUUAAAGAUAAGUAUUUUAGAAAUAUUUACGGAAAUAGCUUAAUUUUCCAUGGUAUAAAAAAUAACAGUGGAAAAGAAGAUCUACAAAAGGAAAUGUGUAAUGUUAUAGCAACGUAUAAUCUAAUGGAAAAUUUUACUCCGUCGAAUAUAAAUUACUGCUAUCGCAUGAGCGCAAAAAAUAAUGUCAUAAAAACUACGACAGUUGUCGUAAACUUUGUAAACAAAUGGGUACGCGAUUCUAUAUUUCAAUUAAAAAGAAACCUUAAAGGAUCCAAAAUAUUCAUCGCAGAAAUGCUAACAAAAGAUAAAUUGGACUUACUCACAUUGGUUAAAGAAAAAUUUGAAGCUAAGCAGUGCUGGACUUAUAAUGGUGAAGUGUUUGUUUUAAAGAAUAACCAAAAAACUAAAAUAACCUGUGAAACUGAUGUGUACAAAAUACUGGAUAUAGAUACAGAAAAUGAAAAGGUGUCUGUUAAUUCCUCGGAGGACGAAAAUGAUGAAAGAGAUGAUUUAGAGGCUCAGUCUUCAGGCAACAGUAAAUAAAAAAAAUAGGCGGUAAAUUUAAAUAUUUAUUUUUUUGUAAUGAAUCAUGAAAUUUAUAGAAAGUUAUACAAUCUUGCUUUAAAUUUAAAGAUUUAUACUUUGUACAAUAUUAUAUAAUUUAGUUUAAAUUUCUUAUUUAAAAAGGGAGGUUUUUUUUUGUUAAUUUAUAAUUUAUACACUUUAAUAUAGUUUAGUUUAAACUUUAAAUGGCAGUAAACAAAUUUACUUUUUUAUUUUUGUUUUGUUUAUAAAAAUGUAAUAAAACAUUUAAUAUCUACUAAAUUAUGUAAUGCAUGCAGGGCGUUAGAGAGAAUGACUUUGCAUAGUAGCAACAAGUAUUUUUUUUUAGUUAUACAUAUACCUAUAGUCUCAGAUAUAUAGAUAUCUUAUAUGAAUAUUGACUGGACCGGAGAGGAGGGGGAGGGAGGAUUAGACAAUAAAAACAUUAUAACAGACAUUCAAAAUGCGGCAGAUAUUGUUAAAACUAAUAGACUUUUAAAUAUUAUACAUUUCAAUAUAAGAUCAAUAAAUAAAAAUUUUGAAGAAUUAAUAACUAUUUUAAAUUGUUUAAAUAUAGACAACAUAGAUGUAAUAAUUUUAUCAGAAACAUGGCAUAUAAAUGAAACUAAAGAUUACAAUUUAAAGGAUUUUAACUUGUUUUAUAAUAACUCUAAAUAUAAUCAAAACGAUGGAACAGUUUUAUAUAUUAAACAUAAAAUAAAUGCAAACGUAGAACUAAUAAAAUUAAAUGAGAUACAAUUUUUUAGAGUAACUUUUAAUCUUGACGACUUAUGCUUUGGUCUAACCGCAGGUUAUAGACCAUUCGGCUCGGAUGUCAAAAAAUUUGUCGUAGAUCUGGACAACUAUUUUCAACUUCAUAAAAAUAAUUUAAGAGAUGUGGAGAUCUUUUGUGGAGAUAUCAACAUAAAUUUGUUAGAUACCAAAGAGGAAAUCGUAAGUAACUAUAUUA